GUGAUAAUAACAAUAAGUAAUAACUUAAAACAUUAGGUACCUAAUUGUCUUAACAUAUGCCGUUAAUGAAAAGCGUCUAAUAUAUUUUAUUUUGCGAAAUUUAUUAAUAAUUGUCAUUAUUACGUCUUGAAGUUUCGACAAUGAUAAAUAAUAAAGAUUAGUAUUUAAUACUCCUAUUGGAUGCUAUUCUAAUAGUGUGACAUAUUCAAAUCUUCGAAUCUGAAGAAAUAAUAUUGAUUAAAAUUCAAAUGUUAUAUUAAAUUUAACAAUUUAAGAUUAUCAAAUUAGUAGCAUGGAAUGUGUAAUUGCUGUUCACGCAGGUGCUGGAUACCAAAAGAUAACCAAAGAAGCGAGUUAUAAAAAAAUAUGUAUGAAAGCUUGUAAAAAAGGAUUGGAAGUACUAAAAAAUAAUGGAUCAGCUCUAGAUGCAGUUGCAUUAGCCACUAUGGUUUUAGAAGAUUCUCCACUAACUAAUUCUGGUUAUGGAUCUAAUUUAACAUGGAAUGGUUCUGUAGAAUGUGAUGCAAGUAUUAUAGAUGGAUCAAAUAUGCAUUAUGGAGGUGUUGGUGCUGUUUCUGGUAUAAAAAAUCCAAUAUCUCUUGCCAAACUCAUUUGUGAAAAUCAAAAUUUAAAAAUGUCAUUUGGAAGAAUUCCUCCAUGUUUGCUUGUUGGUCUUGGAGCUCAUGAAUAUGCAAUAGCAAACAAUAUUGUAGCUGUUGAUCCAUCCAAUUUAAUUUCAGAAAAAUCAAAAAAAGACUUUGUUCACAAUAAAUAUAAAGUUAUAAAUCAAAAGUACAGUAAUUGUCAAACUGGAAACCCUAGAUUAGAUACUGUAGGUUGUGUUGGAAUGGACAAGUUUGGAAAUGUUGCUGCAUCAUCUUCUAGUGGUGGUAUUUUAUUAAAACAAGAUGGUCGUAUUGGACAAGCUGCUUUAUUAGGAUCAGGUUGUUGGGCCCAAAUGUCUGAUGAUGUUGCAAUGGCAAUAACAACAUCUGGCUGUGGUGAAUAUCUUAUUAAGACAAACUUAGCUAAAGAAAUGUCAAGACAUCUUUUUAAUUCUUCUUGUCCUACAAUAGCAAUUACUAAAUGUUUUAAUGAAGAUUUUUUACAUUCACCAAUAUUAAAAAAUUAUAAUGAAAAACUUGCAGGUGCGCUAGUAUUAUAUAAAAAUAAAGACUGUUGUGAAAUUUUGAGUGCACACACUACAAAAUCAAUGUGUAUUGCUUAUGCUACAGAAAAUGACAGAAAAAGUUUUGUGAGUCGUUUAAUGACAAAUACUUUACCAGGAACAAGUGUUAUGGUACAAGGUUAUCCUUUGUAAGUAAUUUUAUAAAAAUUAAUUUAAAUUUUUAAAUUUUAUACUACUU